UUGAUUCUUGGAACAGCAAAUUAAUCACCUGGCAACAUUCUUUAAGCAAUUCAUCCUCUCCGUUGUGAGUGUGAGGCUAUAUUGACAAGAAUGGCGACGUCCCUAGCAUACAGACUAGCUCUUAUUGUUACCUUCAUCGCAAUUCUCUAUCAGUCUUUUUUCAAGCGCAUUAUAUUCGAUGUUGCCGGUUAUGGACGCUCCGUAUCGACAAUCGAUGCCUUCAAUGCAACUUGUGAAAGAAUUGAUAAUCUAGGCCUUGAAGCUUGUGAAGAUAUGUGGCUUCAUCAUGCCACUGGAUACCUAUAUAUGGCCUGUUCCGACGUUCAAAGUCGUUUACAAUGGCUCCCGGCGUUCGUACUCUCCUAGGUUCUCAUUGCCAUGGUAUUUGUUGACUGAUUCACGUGACUUACAACAGUGUCGACCGUCUGAAUGCUUCCGGACGAGGUCUAACAGACAAAAUUGCUAUCCUGGAUACCCGCGGAAAUGGCCCUCUAGAGUCUCGGAUUCAGUGGAUGAAAACAGAGAAUUUCUCUGGCAACAAUGGAGAUGGUACCUUUAACCUGCAUGGUUUUGACAUUCGCCAAGAUGCGGAGACCGAUACCUUACGUAUCCUUCUCGUCAAUCAUCGAAUACCAAUAGAUCCUAUCACAGGUGACUCUCUUGAUGCUUCCAUUCUAGGUGCAAAUUCUACCAUUGAGCUGUUUCAUAGCAACGUUGGGAGUGAUUCUAUGAGGCACGUGAGGACAUAUACGGAUCCUGCAAUCCAAACACCAAACCGAGUGGCCUGGGUAGACGAUGAUGCUUUCGUGUUCACAAAUGAUCGUAGUGCGAAGAUCGGAUUAGUAAGUCCCAUCGCAUCUCCUAUACAGCUCAAUAAAAGGCUGAGCAAGACUAUAGCGCCGCCACUUUGAUCUGCUCCUUGGUGGUGGGAGUAUUGGUUACUGUGAUUCAACUGUAAAUCGCUGCAAUGUGGCUUACUCUAGUGGAAUAAGUGGCCCAAAUGGGCUAGUUACGGGGCGUGAUGGACUAAUAUAUGUCCCAAAUACACAUAUUCAUGAAAUCCAGAUCUUUUCAUUCACCGAGAGGAGGACCCUUCUGAAAUUGGACACGCUGCAAACACCAUACCUAGUCGAUAAUAUGAGUGUUGACGAAAAUGGAGACAUUAUAGGUGCCUCAUUUCCCCAGGUCUACAAAUGGGCACAAAGUUUGAAUGACCGGUCGGUCAAAGCUCCUACGGCAGCAGUACGAAUUCGAAGAAAGGGGGCCGAUUUUGAACGCAUGAUGAGAGAGGGGAUAAGAAAAGGAAAGGAUCUCGGUAAGAGUACUGAUGGCUACGCUGUUGAGAUCUUAGUGGAAGAUGACGGAACGCUUUUGUCUGCAGCAACCACAGCCAUCCAUGAUGUGAGAACGGGAAAGUUAUACCUUGGGGGAAUCACGACACCAUUUGUUAUGACUUGUGAGAUGAAGGUGUAAAAAGUUUCCAUUUUUGAGUCUCGAAUGGGUCAAAAGAUAGUGAAUCUAGUGAAACUUGUCCAUCUGAUCCUAGUUUCGCUUUUGUGCAUCCUUUAUUGCU